AUGCUGAGAUUGCCAGCUAAGCAGUUCUGGAAAACAGUUGCCCGCUCGCCCUCGCUCGUGGCCUUUCUCGACUCGUACCUCCGCUUCCGCUCGCGAUGGUUCGAUCUCCUUCUAUCCGCCGCUGCUGUUGCUGAAGCCGGUGGAAAAUCAAGAACAUCAGGAGCAGGCGGAGUGGAUGGGGGGGUGGGAGGAGGAGAGGGGAGUGUGGGGACAGGGAGGGGAGUGGUGGUGGGGGAUGAGGAGUUGUGUCGGCUGGUGUUCCUGCUGCUGCUGCGCAUGUCGUCUAAUAUCGAGUCCAGAGCCAAACCAUCAGAGCAGCUUCAAGCCAAGGACCAUGCACACCUCCUCCUCUCCAUGCGCCUAUUCGAUGCACCAAAGCUAAUGGACGUGGCUGCUGUCUUUGGGAAGGCCAACCCAGCCGCAACACGGCAGCUGGUGUGCCGGGUGCUGGUCGCUCAGCCUCUCUUCCGGGCUGACCUCUCAUCGUCUCUGCUGCAGCUGCUGCGAGUGGUAGAAGAGAUGGUGACACGGGCGUGUGGGCGGAUGGAGCACAGCAAGGCAUCAUCACCAGCAGACUCACAACCUUCACCUUCCUCGGAGAUCAUCGAGGCCCUUCACUACCUCUGUGACUUUGCCUUCUCUCUCGAUGCGCUCUUUGAUGCCUACCCUCUUUGCCUCCUUCUCGUCUCCCCAUUGCUCUCCCCACAGCCAGCUUCUGCAUCAGAGAUCAUCGAAGCCCUUCACUACCUCUGCGACUUUGCCUUCUCUCUCGAUGCGCUCGUUGACGCCUACCCGCCCGCACCGCUGCUCCUCCUGCAAGCAACCACAGCAACAGCAACGACAGCACCUACAAGGAAAGCAAAACAAGGCGCCGCAGCAGCAGCAGCACGAGCAGCAGCAGGAGCAGCAGCAAGUUCUCCUGUACGGCUUCUCUCUGUGUUGGCUCGGAUUCACGACUCAUUUCUCCCUCUGCUCCUUCUCCUCGCCUCCUCCAACUCCUCGUUAUCAGCAAAGCGAACGCCGAUGCAAGCAGCAGCAGCAGCAGCAGCAGCAGCGGUGCAGGUUCAGGGCAAGAUUCUUCAUACGAAGCUGGAGGAAGUUGCGUGGAAGUAUCUUUGGGGAGCGUGUCUUGGAGGAAGGGGGUGUGCUCGUGCUGCUGCUGUUGCUGCUGGUGCUGCUGGUGCUAAUACUGCUGCUGCUGGUGGCAAGCUUCCCCUCGACAACACACAGUUUGAUACAAUCUCCGACAUAAUCGGCCCUCCAAUCACCCUGCCACCACCCCUCACUUCCUCCGCCUCCUCUGACCCAUCCACUGCCAGCAACACCACCGCAGCCAACCACCCCCCAACAGCAGAAGACUUCCCCUCCCUCACCCCCUCCCUCUCUUCCUCCGCUGAUGCUGAGUCAGCAGCUCUUGAGCAGUCCAAGAUCUCACUCGUGCGGGAUAUUUUCCCGGAUUUUGGGGAGGGCUUUGUGGGGGCGUGUUUGGAGGUGUAUGGGGGAGAUGCAGAGGCGGUGAUUCAGCAUGUGCUGGAGGGGAGUUUACACCCGGACUUAGCUAAGUUAGACACUCAGCUGAAGGUCAAGCCAGGGAAGGCUGGUGGGGGUAGUAAGGGGGAUGCUGCUGCUGCUGCUGCUGCUGCUGCUGCUGUUAGUGCUGCUGGUAGUGGUGCUGCAAGUGUUAGUGGGGCAGCAGGUAAAGGAAAGGGCAAGGCUUUGGUUGCAGAGGGAGGAGAGGAGGACGAGGAGGACGAGGGGGGGGGUGCAGGGGGGUGGGGAGGGGUUUUGGCGCAACAGAAAGAGGUGGAGAGGCAGCUGCGAGGAGAAGGGUCCAGUGCGGUUGGAGGGGGUGGAAGCUCGUUCGUCCGAAGCAAGAGGGAAGAUGAGUCAGUGGAAGAGGAGGUUUGGAAGCGAGGUUCGGCAGCAGGUACGGGGAGCAGGAGGGAGCAGGAGGCAGUGAAGCGGUUUGUGUUUGAGUCCCAGUUUGAAUACGAUGAUGAGUAUGACGACUCAUUUGAUGAGCUGGAGGGGUAUGACGUGGCGGGGGGUGCGGGGAGCAGUGAGGUGGAAGAGGUGGGGACGAGGUUUGCUGCACGCGCUGCUGCUGCUGCUGCUGCUGCUGCUGCUGGUGUUGGUUCAGGGGUGCUUGGUAAAAAUCAACCACCUCAGCAGCAGCAGCAGCAGCAGCAGCAGCAGCAGCAGGGGGGGCUGGUACAGGGUCAAGGUCAGGCCCAGGGACCACAAUUCUAUGUGAAAGACGGCAAGAAUUACAGCUACAAGGUCAAGGGCUCCGUGGCCGUCGGAUCGGCGGCACAAGCGGCUGAGAUGAAGCGGGUCGAGGCUGGGCUGAUUCACGGGCUAGGGGAAGGCGGUAACCGUGCGGCAUGGGGGGGAGCAGAGGAAGAGGAAGAGGAAGAGGAGGAGGAGGAAGAGGAAGAGGGUGGUUCGGGAGGAGGAGGAGUAGGGGCGAGUGGUGGAGGGUGGGGGGGAGGAAGGGGAGGAUUUGGGGCAGGAGGAGGGGGGAGAGGUUGGAGAGGAGGAAGAGGAGGAGGUGGGGGAGGGCGGGGAGGUGGGGGAAGGGGAAGGGGAGGGGGAAGGAGAGGGGGGAGGGGAGGGGGAAGUGGAAGAGGGUGGGGUGGGCAGGAAGGCGGUGGGAAUCGUGGUGAUGGUGCUGCUGCUGGCGGUGGCGGUGGCAGUGGUGGUGGCGGUGGUGGUGGUGGUGGGAGUCGUGGUGGUGCUGCUGCUGCUGGCGGUGGCGGUGGCAGUGGCAGUGGCAGUGGCAGUGGUGGGGGGAGAGGAAGAGGACAACAGCCUUCUGCAGGUGGAUCCAGGGGAGGUUCAUCUGGUGGGUCUGGGGGAGGUUCUAUUGCCAGGCCCACAGCUGUGUCUACUGGUAGUACUUCUAAAAAUGUGUCAUCUGGUGCUGCUGCUGGUGCCGCUGCUGGUGGUGCUGGUGGUGCUGACGUGGGCAAGAAAGAACGGAAACCGUCUCAAAAAGCAGGUCCAGGUUUUGGUGGGUUUUGUGGGGGUCGUUAA